UAUUACGACAUCAAGUCCCCUGCCAAAUCCCCGCACAAGGUUUUCGGUAUGUUUGGCCACAACAAAUCAGCCUCUGCAUCCUCGAUCUCCUCUCCCAACAAGCCUAGUGCUGGAGAUGCACUGGGACUUGAAAAAGCUAUUACGGUCUCAAACCCUGUCGAUCUCUCAACAGUCCUCGAGGCAAAUACUCCUCCCGGUUCUCCAACGGGAAAGAAAUUUCCAGAUGGACCUGUCAGUGCUUCUAAAUCGAAGCUCUACGCGGCGAUCAGAGCGGCAAAGGAGAAGUUCAUCGGAUCGAGUGCAGCCAGCGCACAGGCGAAGCUGGACGCAUUAUCUCAAAGCCCCCAACGUCAGCUUGCUCCUAAGGCCUCAUUUGAGAGCAUUUUUAGCCCCAAGAAACGAUCACAGCCUGCUCAGCCAGAUGAGCGACCCGUUUCUAGAGAUAGCAAAGACGAAGGCCGGAGGACCAGAAGCUCGACCGAGCGUGAGGAGAAGCGAAAAGAACAAGAGACGCGAGAAGCGAUGGACAAGCAGCGAGCUGACGAAAACCUCGAGAAAAUCCGAGAGAAGGAACGCCAAAAAGCCGCGACUCAGUUCCAGAAAGCUAAGGCAAUCGCGAGGGAGCCUCAGAAAGCAUUGUCCAGACCUGACACUGCGGGCAAAGCCGAAGGGACCGCUGCUCAAGACGAGAGGCCCACUUCCUCCCACAGGAUGCCUCCCCCAGCAGCCCAAAAGAACACUCUACCUACUGGAGGCCAGAAACUCAGGGAGCCAAAACGUCUGCUCAAGGCAGCGAGUAAAGACACGCUUCCGAAGGCUAAGCCACCAGUCAUCCGAGUCAAUUUGACUGGAAGUCGAUUCGGACAGCCUGCAGCCCAGGCUACGCAAGCUCAGCCAAAGCAGCCGGAGAUUGCGAACAAGGCAAGUGCAGAGACCCUCAACCGCACUGCAUCAUCCAGUCAUCCACCUCCCCGGAUGAACCGCGCCUUGAUCGCUGCAGCCAACAAAAAGAAGGAGGAAGAACGGAAGGCCGCAGAGAAGGAGCAAAAGAAACGAGAGUUGGAGCAGAAACGAGCUCAGAAGGCCGAGGACGAGAAGCUUGAGAAAGAGCGAAAAGCAGCUGAACAACGCGAGUUAAUGUUCAAGAAAGCGAGGGCAGCCCAGAAAGCCGCAACCGAAGAGAAGGAGCGAGCUGAGAGGGAGCUCACGGAACAGAAGGCUGCGAGGCUUGCAGAUCAAGAGCGGACGAAGGCAACGUUGAAGGCCAUUGCGGAAGCAAAGCAAAAACACCAGGAAAGGAUGGAGAGGCAGGAGCGACAACAGGCAGAACGCCAGCAGGCAGAGCGCCAGCAGGCGGCUCGUCCUGCGAGCAGGCCUGGCCAAAACAACUUGACCAAUGCUUUGCAGCAGGAAAAAGCACAAAAUCAGCCUCAUCCUCGAGCAGAUCUCGGUGCUGCGAAGUCUGUCUCCCGAAUGCAGACUAUUCAAGACCAGACCCGUCCGGUCCCUCCGAUCAACCCAGCAAAACCACCGAAGCGGGUUUUCCAGCCCGAGGACGAUGAGCCUGUUCAACGACCAGGGAUCCAGCGUGCCGGACCAUCAUUCCAGCAGCAGGAUGGCAAACGCCGCAAGACGGUUGACGAAGAAGACGAGUAUGAGCAGCACAUGCCUUCGGUGAAGGCUCCUCCGAUUCGACACUCGAACAUGCGCAAGGACGCCGCGAACAGAUUUCCCAGCGGUUACAUGCAGGCGCCCCAACAAACAUCCACGAUGUUGAAGACUGCUACUGGUCAUGCCUAUACCCAGCAGCAGAUGAAGUCCAGCCAGACGGGCGAGAUGGCGAGAUUUGCGAACGGCAAGAUUCCCUUCGCUGAGGUUCCGAACCCACCUGCGAGCACCAACCACUACGGACAGAACUACAAGACGCCUGUUCGUGGAAUGCUCUCAGCGGCACCAAGCACGACCAAGUCUUCCCCAAGCUCUUUCAAUCCUGGCAACGAAAUCGAGCUUCCGGACUGUUUCACCGACUCCGAAGACGAUGACGAUGAGAACGGUUUCGUGAGACCGGACUGGGCCAACACCCCCCAGCUCCAGGAGCUUCUCAAAGCUCAACAGCUCAUCGAUCCGGAGACGAUAUUCGGACCCAUUCAGCCCUUGAACAUGGAGAAGAUCUUCAAGGACCACCCAGAGAGGCACGAAAAGUUCAGGAAGCGUACCAGCAGUGCGCGCUGGACGAACGACGAGAUCACCGAAUCGGAGAAGAAGCGGGACAGAGAGGCCCGAGAGAGGCUUUUUCGGGACGGGCACUGGACUUACCACCCAUCGCCUGCUCCUACUUUGAACAAACGUAACUGAGGGUAGUUACUAAUGGCACGACUUGUGACGGCGUUUUCGGGGCAUCAUGAAGCGAUUGAGGGGUACGAAUUGGUAUGGCGUUUGUUACAUUAUGAGGCGGUUAGGUGGGCUCGGUGGGUCUUGAAUUGUACAAAAAGGUGUACAUGGCGUGGUUGCUUUGGUUACUUGUUCUGUUUCUUGGGUCUAUGUUUUUUUUUGGUUUUUUUUGCUUCUGCAUGGCGUUCAGGUAUUAGGUACUGCUGGCAUGCAGUUUUGAUAGGCUUGUUGCCACGUUGAGGUGGCUUGCAUACUGUGUUCCUGGUUGGCAGCAGCAGCGUACCGUACUCAAUCAAAAUUAGAUUCAUU